AUGGCGUCGAAUUCGAACAACUCCAACACCAUUAAGGGUAUGCACAUGGUCCCCGAUCCCCCGCUAGAUGUCGAGUCCAAGGAAGGAUCCGGUACCUUCACCUUCGACCGGAUCUUUGACAUGAACUCGAAGCAGUCGGAUAUCUUCGAGUACUCAAUCCGAUCGACAGUCGAUGAUAUCCUGAACGGUUACAAUGGCACGGUAUUCGCUUACGGUCAGACCGGUGCCGGUAAGUCGUACACGAUGAUGGGCACGGACAUCGACGAUGAGGAGGGAAAGGGUAUCAUUCCGCGGAUUGUCGAGCAGAUGUUCGCCAGCAUUUUGACCAGCCCGAGCAACAUCGAGUAUACGGUCCGGGUGAGCUACAUGGAAAUCUACAUGGAGCGGAUUCGAGAUUUGCUGUUUCCUCAGAACGACAAUCUGCCGGUCCAUGAAGAUAAGUCUCGGGGCGUCUACGUCAAGGGAUUAUUAGAGAUCUACGUGUCGAGCGUCCAGGAGGUCUAUGAGGUGAUGCGGCGUGGUGCAGCGGCUCGGGCCGUAGCCGCUACCAACAUGAACCAGGAAUCGUCCCGCUCCCAUUCGAUCUUCGUGAUCACCGUCACCCAGAAGAACGUCGAGACGGGAUCAGCCAAAAGCGGUCAGCUGUUCCUGGUCGACCUGGCGGGUAGUGAGAAGGUCGGGAAAACCGGCGCCAGUGGUCAGACGCUCGAGGAGGCCAAGAAGAUCAACAAGAGUUUGAGUGCUCUGGGCAUGGUCAUCAACGCGCUCACGGACGGCAAAUCGACACACGUUCCGUACCGUGACUCCAAACUCACCCGAAUCCUGCAGGAAAGUUUGGGAGGUAACUCGCGCACGACGCUCAUCAUCAACUGUUCACCCAGCAGUUACAAUGAUGCUGAGACCCUUUCGACCUUGCGAUUUGGUGUCCGUGCCAAGGCUAUCAAGAACAAGGCGAAGGUCAACGCGGAACUGAGCCCGGCGGAGCUGAAGCAGUUGCUGCGGAAAGCUCAGAACCAGGUGACGACGUUUGAGAACUACAUUUCGUCACUCGAAGGGGAAUUGCAGUUAUGGCGAAGUGGAGAGACGGUACCAAAGGAGCGCUGGGUGCCACCACGAUCAGAAGUAAUUGGUGCCUCGAAGACGCCUCGUCCCGCGACUCCGUCACGAUUGCAAUCAGAGGCUCGGGCAGAGACGCCUAGUCGACCGGACUCAAGGACGGGCGAUCGAUCCAGCACGCCCAGUCUUGUUCUUGACAAAGAUGAGCGCGAGGAGUUCCUGAGACGGGAAAAUGAGUUGCAAGACCAGCUCGCGGAGAAAGAAACCUACAUCACGAAUGUCGAGAGGGGCCUUCAAGAAGCAAAGGAGGAACUCAAGACUCUCAAGGAGACGUCCGCUCGAACCGCGAAGGACAACGAGAAGCUCAAUACCGAAGUCAACGAGCUGCGCAUGCAACUCGAGAAGGUCACUUUUGAGAGCAAGGAAGCAAACAUCACCAUGGACAGUCUCAAGGAGGCAAAUGCUGAGCUCACUGCCGAACUGGAUGAAGUCAAGCAGCAACUGCUCGAUGCCCGCAUGCGUGCCAAGGAGACUAGUGCAGCACAGGAUGAGAAGGAGCGGAAGAAGGCGGAACGGAUGGCGAAGAUGAUGGCAGGAUUUGAUCUGGGUGCAAAUGUCUUCUCGGACAAUGAGCGCAAGAUUCAAAAACUGAUCGAACGCGUUGAUUCGCUCCACAAGACGAGUUCCUCUGGUGAGGCUGUCGCCCCAGAUGAAUUCGUUGAACUGCGGGCUGCUCUGCAGGAGACUCAGGGCUUUGUCCGGCAGGCCGAACUGACGAUGAGUGACCGGAGUGAAAUCCACGAGCUGCAGGACAGCAAGAGGGUUGAGCUCGAGAAGAGGCUGGCGGAGUUGGAGAGUGAAUACGAGCAACUUCUGGAGCGGAACCUCGGAGAGGCUGAUGUCGAGGAGAUUCGGCAACGGUUGGAGAAGAUCUAUGUCAGCCGUCGGGAUGCUGAGGCCCAGGCGGUGGAGGAGAUCAAGGCGCAGCUGGCUCGUAAGGACGAGGAACUGAAACAGUUGCGACAGUCCCUCGCGGAUGCGCAGGCUCGCGCGGCUAACGGAGCGGCCGUCUCCCCCACUAGCAAGACCCUUCAGCAGCAGAUCGCCGAAUUUGACAACAUGAAGAAGUCGCUGAUGCGCGACCUGCAGAACCGCUGUGAGCGGGUGGUCGAGCUCGAGAUCUCGCUGGAUGAGACGCGCGAGCAGUACAACAACGUGCUGCGGUCCUCGAACAACCGGGCCCAGCAGAAGAAGAUGGCGUUCCUGGAGCGUAACCUGGAGCAGUUGACGCACGUGCAACGCCAGCUGGUGGAGCAGAACAGCAGCUUGAAGAAGGAGGUUGCCAUUGCUGAACGUAAGCUCAUUGCACGGAAUGAGCGGAUUGCUAGUCUGGAGAGCCUGCUGCAAGACAGCCAGGAGAAGCUGACGGCCGCCAAUCACCGAUUCGAGGCUCAAUUGACGGCAGUCAAGGAGAGGCUGGAAGCCGCCAAGCAGGGUUCAACACGGGGUCUUAGCACGUCGAUGGACGGGCCCGCCGGCUUCAGCUUUGGAGGAUCGCGGAUUGCGAAACCGUUACGAGGAGGAGGUGGUGUUGUGGACGGCAACGGCGCUGCGCAGAUUCCCACGGUGUCUGGAUUACAGCAGGAAUCGACGGGGAAGCGCAGCAGCUGCAGUAGAGUAGUACGUAACGUACGCACAAUAAAAGUAUUAACUCGUGUCAUUGCACACUGUCGCAUGCUUUCGCAAAAAGAAAAGUUGAUGAAGACCGUCGCUUACAAGCAAAUAUAUGUGUUGUCAGGAAUAUACGGGAAGUUAGAUCGCCUUGAAAAACUUGUCCAUCACUGUAUGAUAUGGACCAGAGUAUUGGCUCGUUCUACGUCAAAACGUGUUAUAAUGAGGGUUCUAAUGGCUUAUACUAAGUCAGAUUUAGACAGGAACGGCCCUGAUCCUGAAUUGCGAUGA